CAAUCAUCCAAAAUUUGGUGCGUGCAUAUCAGGCUGGCGAGCUUCUUUAUCAAACGAUAAUACUAUUUUCGCCAGCACUGAUUUCAUCGCAUUAUAGAUGCCUUUUUGAUGUGACCUUCGGGCCUUUUGCGAUAUAUUUGAAGAUAUCUGCUGAUACAUGCCGCAAAUGGCCGAAAUGAAGACUGUUGAUCGCCACAAUUACUUACCUGUCGAAUUCACCAGGUAUCACUUCCAAGGGGUCGGCACAACCGUAUGUUAUGCAAUCACUGUCAUUCGCCAAUUGUGUGACUUCUUAUUUCCCGGAGAACUGACCGCUUCCUAGCCUCGGCAGGAUCCGCUCCUUUGUAAAGUCGAGCUUCGAUCUCGAAAGAUGACUCUAUUGUAGAGCAUACACCAUGAGUUCGCGAGUCAGCAUUAUUGCCAACGUGCUGCCACGUUUAUGUACAUGUUGCACCACGUUUUGAAUGUACCUCACUAAUGUCUACAAACAGGUGCCUGUUGUCACCUUAGCGGCACGUGAGAUCAAUAUCGCAGAGCGUUGACUGACCUUAACGGUCACAA